AAGAGACCGGUAUUUACUAAAGUCAGAAAAUGCAAGUGCCGUUAUAUAAAACCCUACAAGUACAAGUAGCUACUAAAAUAUCCCGCCGUUAGUUGUUUGAAUCUGAAAGGGUUAACUCGUGUAAUUGGAUCAAUGGGCAUAAUGCGGAGCCCCAGCAUCUAAUUUCAUCCGUGAGGACAUAUGCGCCUGCUGCUGUUGCUGGAAUAAACGCUAUGAGUUACUGUUGACGAUGGGCCUGUUUUCUAAAAACAACCUGUUGAAAGUGUUUCUCCAUGAUCCUGCCUCCUGGUAAAUGUUUAUGGGAGAUAUUAUUUCGCCGCUCGGUUGCCAUGGCAGAAAGGGAAGGUGUCUGAGCGGUGUCAACUUUUCUUCACAUGGCCCUUUUCUCGCUCUGAACGCAGUCUGCAUGUAAAUGUAUUGGAGAUAAACCGCUUCACAUCGUACUGAGGAACUCUGGGAGAGUUUGACGACGUGGGACAUCGAGUGCAUAACUGUUUUCGCCUGAAUAAGAGCAAAACAACAACGAGGCCACCGAAGAGGCCGUUUUCUUGGGCAAAGCACCACUAAUUUCUAACAUUCUCCUUUGCUUGUGUUUAACAGACAGCCGCCAUCAUUCCGUGCUGCAAGGGUGACCCCAAAAUGUCUUCCAACGGUGAUCUGCAAGACGUUGGGAGCUGGGAAAGCUUCUGGGAGCCUGGGAACUACAAGAGGACGGUGAAGCGCAUUGACGAUGGCUACAAACUAUGCAAUGAGCUGGUCAGCUGCUUCCAGGAGCGGGCCAAGAUUGAGAAGGGCUAUUCCCAGCAGCUGAAUGACUGGGCCAGGAAAUGGAGGGGUGUUGUGGAGAAAGGCCCACAGUAUGGGACUCUGGAAAAGGCCUGGCAUGCUUUCAUGAAUGCGGCAGACAGACUGAGUGAGAUCCAUAUGGAACUAAAAGAGAAACUGGUUGUUGAGGACAGCGAAAAGAUUAGAAACUGGCAGAAGGAUGCCUUCCACAAGCAAAUGAUUGGUGGAUUCCGUGAGACCAAAGACGCCGACGAAGGCUUCCGCAAGGCCCAGAAACCCUGGGUCCGAAAACUGAAGGAUGUGGAGUCUACCAAAAAGAGUUAUCACCAAUCCCGGAAGGAAGAGCGCACGGCAUUGACCCGUGAAACUCAUGCCAAGGCUGACCCCACCAAAUCCCAAGAUGAGGUCCGCAAGUUCACAGAUCGCUUGGAGAAAUGUACCCAAGAGGCAGAGAAGGCUAAGGAGCGUUAUGAGAGAGCCCUGGACGAGCUGAAUCGCUGUAACCCACGUUACAUGGAAGACAUGGAGCAAGUGUUUGAAAUCACACAGGAGGCAGAAAAAAAUAGGCUUUGCUUUUUUAAAGAAGUGCUACAGGACAUACACCAGCACAUGGACCUCUCCAGCAAUGAUGGAUUUAAAGGCCUGUACCGAGACCUCAGCCAGACCAUCAACGCAGCCAAUGAUGCGGAGGACCUAAGGUGGUGGAGGAACACCCAUGGCCCCGGCAUGAGCAUGAAUUGGCCCCAGUUUGAGGAGUGGUCACCAGAAGCAAACCGAUCCAUCAGUCGAAGAGACCGAAACAGUCGUUCUGAUGACGUGGUCACUCUGACUAAUAUUGUCUCAGCGGGAGACGAACCCCCGAAGACUCCACAGGAAACUACGAGGUGGCUUGAGGCGGAUGGCUAUUACGAGAACCUAAGUGGCUAUGCACCGGGAGUGGCGGGUAAAGACUACUCCUCGGACUGGUCUGAUGAAGAGAGCCCCAAAAAAUACAUCGCAGCCAACGGGGUGGACGAGGAGGAGAAGGUAGUCGGGGUUCGUGUUAAAGCGCUGUAUGAUUACACAGGGCAGGAGGCUGACGAGCUGAGCUUUAAAGCAGGUGAAGAGUUAAUGAAGCUGGGUGAGGAGGACGAGCAGGGCUGGUGUAAAGGACAGCUGGUCAGCGGAGAAAUGGGCCUCUACCCUGCUAACUACGUCCAAGUCAUCACAUCUUGAUCAGCCGCUCCGCUCUGGACGAGACCCACACCUUCACUGUGGCAGCCGUGAGGAACUACGGCAGCUGUGUCGAAUACACAGCCACGCAUCUGCAUGAUGGAUUGAAUGCCACGAUACACAAGGAGAUCAGAGAGGGAUGCGCAGCUCAGUGUUUUAUUCUUUGUUUUCGCUGACACGCUAGAGGACUUUGAGAUUAGCUAGUCCCCCUUUUGUCCUUGUGCUUAUUGAAAGAUCAGUGCCUUUAUUGUAAAAUGCCACAGACGUUCACAACACAGCUAUUAAUGUAGCACGCGGCUGAAUGGACAAUUUGUAUGUCUGAAUCACUUUGUUCACAGGAAAACGUGCGGAAAACGUCGCCACUGUUGGAUUUGUUUUGAUAGAUAAUCAUUAAUGUUUCAGUUAAGUUAAGUAUUUGAUCAAAUCUACGCUGACUUUAUAUAUUCAGGUUUUGCAAAUCUUUCAUGAGCAGCAUGUUAGUGUGUUGAUAUUUUGUGUAAUACGUUAGAUUGUUCUAGUUAAACUGAACAUUUCUUUGGCUGUAGUUCAGAACUGAAGGAUUCUUCAUUGCAUAUUUACCUUUAUGUGUUCACAAAGAUAUAUGGAUUUAUAAUACACAAACUAUCAAUGGGCAGAUUCUCUUAGUCGCCCUUUGGAAUCUCGAGUCUUUGAUUCUUGUCAAAGGAUUUGGGAGGAGAUUCUAAAAUCUUUUCGGUGGGAUUGUUUUACUUUUUUUAAUUUAUCCUUUUGUUUUUAUUUGGAGCGCUGGAAAGUUUCUGUUGUCAAAUGAGAGAUGAUAUAAGAGAACGGGCAAAACCUCUGGACUUCUUGUGGUCUUCAUAAGGUGCGUGUGUGUGAGUGCUCAUGGGAAAUAUUUCCAUUUCCACAUGUUCUGCCUCCAAUGUGCCCCACUGUGAACAUGGUUUUACAUGAAACUACUGUAACAGCCAAUACUAAUCAAUGUAAAAAUACCAAAUAAAAGUGAAUGAGAUUCUUAUUGUUGUACAGUGGCUGUGAUGCUGCUUAAACAUGAAGUUUUACAUUAAUGGUCUUAAAUCAUUUCAUUAAAGUUUUGUUUCAAGGA